UCUAAGAAAUGCGCUGUAUAAUUUAGUUAGUUUCCUGAAAGGCGCAAGAUGACAAAAGAUUGAAUGUUGCGCCCAGGCAACUGCACAGUGAGAGAAGGGAGCGUGCCGACACUAUCGGCUCUAGUCGAUAACGUGAAUGAACCAGGCAGCAUGCCGGCCCAAGGGAACAGCUGUGAGCACCAGCCCUCUGUGUCUGUCCGGAUCGUCCUCUACAUGGUCACCUUGUUACUGGCGGCACACAUGAUCACCAGCACCAUGCUUUACGCAUACUUAUCCGUCAAAUUCGACAAGGUGAAGAGAGACCCGGAAUCUCCGCUGCCCGGACACACGAGAGGGCGUGGAAACCAAAGCGUCGCCGACAGCGAGCUGCUGCUGCAGUGCAUUCGCCAGUACCUGCAGCCGGGGUCCGAGGGAUCGAGAGGCAAAGUUGCAGAGGCCACCGGCUUCGACGCACAGAAAGGUGACCGCCCAGGGAGCCACAGGUUCCACACCCCCCAACGUACGGCCGCUCACCUCAUCGCCACCACACCAGGGAGCAGCCCGCCAGGGACCACGUUCCCAUGUGACAAAGGAUCUCCGAUUAAACGCUGGAUGGCUGCAGGAUUUCCUGCGUUUACACACAACAUCAACUAUACCAGUGGUAAGCUAGUUAUAACCGAGCCUGGAUUCUACUAUGUCUACUGCCAGGUUAGUUUUCGACUAACCAGUAAUAAAUCCGAGAGAACAACCAACGUGCCGUUUGUUCAGUACGUCUAUUUGCAAAGGGACCCCAAACAGUCUACAAUGCUCAUGAAGGCGUCCAAAACACCAGUGGAUAAAAGCCAAGCUUCUAGUUUCAACUCGGUGAACCAGGGCGGAGUUUUUCAGUUGAAGGAGGGAGACCAGCUAUUUGUAUCUGUGACGACCACAGAUUUGCUGAGUUAUGAUAGAGCCACCUACUUCGGCACCUUUCGGCUUUAGUUCCUUCUCUCAAGCCCAGCAAAGCCUACUGCCGGCUGACAACUGCCUGCCUCACACCAGCUGACCACUUACACCAGGGCCUCUCGCUACCCAGGGCCCGGCGUUCUGCAAGAACCCCACCCGUCCACAUAUCCGCAGCAAAGGGAAGUCGGCGCGAAAAUAUUCAAACCUUUCACCUUCAAUAAUCACUCAUCCUCGCAGUGACCUUCCACAGCUAAACCAUCGACUCCUGGGGACAUCUGCAUGUCCCAGAGAAGACCGAACUCCCUCUUCUCUCCCUCUCGCAAUUCUCAGGGACAUUGGGAAACUGCAGCUACAUUUUCAGAAUGUUACGGGCGCGCAGUGUUUGGGCUUCGCCGCCACAGUUCUGCGCUCCAUUUAGUAUUUGGGGAGUGAGAUUCCUGUUUGAACGCAGACCUGUCGGGAGUGAAUCUUGUUUCCAGUCCCAUGCUGUCCCAGCUCAGCUCCACACCUUCCUGCUGGGAUGGCCUGUUGUCACCAACGUUUGGAGGGCGACCCGAAAUCCCCAGGUGUGUUUUGCACGGGGCAGGUGUGUGGGUGUCAAAUUCUGCCCAUUGAGGUCUUCGUUUCAUUGGAUUUGUGACUUCACCUGCUGCCUUUUGCAAGGAAUGUCUGCAAGUGUUGACAUCCGCUCCACACCAGCAUGGAGACAGCUUCGAGCUCGUAAACAGAAAACCACAGCCCACAAUACCGUGGCUACGCCGGGUAUUGUUAACAUUCUUUAACAUUUCUCUAAGUAGAACUUAAAUGAACUGUGAGUGUGUUAGAAGGCGAGUGAGGGUGAGCUGGAGAGCACUCCCCAGCCACAGGAAGACCCACCUUCUGAUACCCUCGGAAACGGAAGCGCAUUACAGGUGGAAUAUUUCAGGAGUUUCUCGGCAGUACUCUCGCUGCACGCUUCAAUAAUCACAUUGAAAAGGAACAUUAAAAACUCCAGUCGCUGUGCAGAUAAAACAGUUUUAAAUAGACUCAGCCUGUUCCAUUGUGUUUGUGAAGUGGUUUAACAAUUGAAGCGACCUCUUUGAUAGGUGGAAUCGAGCACAGAGAGUCAGGAAGUGAAGCUCUGAAGUCUUCUCGACAGCCGAGUGAGCACUUCACCGGCUCUUCACCGUGUUAUUGAAAAGUGACGUUCCGUGUUCACUGCCACCGACUUUUAUCCCAGUGACCAGACUGCCACAUGUAACAGCUGGUGCACUCCAGCUGGUAACCAGCGGCCCAGACUGCAGGGCGUAGGCACCGAGUAAUGCCCCAGCAUGGCAGAAGUUUGCAGGUUGAAUUGCACAAAGCACUAACAUUUCCCUGAUACCCAUUCUGAAGGCGUGUCGUGUAGUAAUCCCCCAAAGUUUUCCUCUGGGCGUCGUAUUGUGAAUGUUGGGAAGAAUGCUAAACGAAUUCUUUGUUUUAGGGAAUUCUGAAUAUGUUUGUCUGUAUUUUAUUUAUCAUUUUUAUUCUAGAACAGAUCAUUAAAUUGCACGUGGAUUUCAAACUGACUCCAGAGCCACACGUUGUUUGUGACUCAUUUAAUAUUAUUGUUAAGCUAUUUAUUGGAUUAGA